ACCUUACCUUACAUUGUCAGCCAGGAACAUAGGCUACGUUCUCUCUUUAUUUUAUUUAUUUUUCCUUCUGUAUUCUUCUUGUUUUUCUUUAUAUUACUUGGUCUUUCAUUUACACUGGAGGCUUUGGUUUCCUCCCUUUUAUUAUUCCAUUGCCCUCUCUGUCUCGUGACCCCCCUCACCCCUCCUACCAUGUCGGACAUCGAAGCCGCCAACGCACUCAAAGUGCAAGGAAACAAAGCCUUUGCUCAGCACGAAUGGCCAGCCGCAGUGGAAUUCUACACAAAGGCCAUUGAGAAAUAUGACAAGGAGCCGUCGUACUUCAGCAAUCGCGCUCAGGCGCAUAUUAAACUCGAGGCGCAUGGGUUUGCCAUUGUGGAUGCCACGAAGGCGUUGGAGCUUGAUCCGGGUUAUAUCAAGGCGCGCCCUUGCCAACACCGCUAUCCUUAACCACCGCGAGGCCUUGAAAGACUUCAAGGCCGUUGUCAAGCGAGAACCCAACAACCGCGAUGCGAAACUAAAGCUAGCAGACUGUGAGAAGCUCGUCCGUCGUGUGGAAUUUGAGAAGGCGAUUGAAGUUGGUGAUCCACCAUCAGCUUUCGAAGACUUGGAUAUCGAUUCUAUGGCUGUGGACGAUGGGUAUGACGGUGUCCGGAUUGGGAAUGAAAUGACACAGGAGUUCAUCGAUGAUAUGAUUGAGCGGUUCAAGAACGGGAAGAAGAUUCACCGCAAGUAUGUGUUCCAGAUCAUCAAGGCUGUUAGGGAUCUUGUCUAUGCGGAACCGACGAUGGUUGAGAUCGGGGUGGAAGAGGGGAAUAAACUGACUGUGUGUGGUGACACACACGGUCAAUUCUUCGAUCUUCUCGAAAUCUUCCGAAGAAACGGUUACCCCUCAGACAAGCAUGCAUAUCUCUUCAACGGAGACUUUGUCGAUCGCGGCUCGUGGUCGACAGAAAUCGCCUUGGUCCUCUACGCCUACAAGUGGCUUCGCCCCAAUGGUAUCUUCCUCAACCGUGGCAACCACGAGACAGAUGAUAUGAACAAGGCCUAUGGCUUCGAAGGCGAGUGCAAGGCCAAGUAUAACGAGCGGGUAUUCAAGGUUUUCUCCGAGUCAUUCUCCGCUCUGCCCUUGGCCACCCUGAUUGGAGAAAAGUACCUGGUCCUACAUGGCGGUCUCUUCUCGGACGACAGCAUUUCCCUGAAUGACAUCCGGAAACUGAACCGACACAACCAGCGCCAGCCCGGCCAGCAGGGUCUGAUGAUGGAGAUGCUCUGGACAGACCCGCAAACAGCACCUGGUCGUGGACCCAGCAAGAGAGGUGUCGGUCUCCAGUUCGGUCCCGAUAUCACAAAGCGGUUCUGUGAGAAGAACGGUCUCGAGGCCAUCAUCCGUUCGCACGAGGUUCGCAUGGAAGGUUACGAGGUCGAGCACGACGGACGCUGCAUCACCGUCUUUUCCGCACCGAAAUACUGCGAUACGACAGAGAACAAGGGUGCCUAUAUCAACCUUGGACCGGAACUUAAGCUCAAUUACCAGGUGUUUGAGGCAGUGCCUCAUCCCCCUAUCAAACCGAUGGCAUAUGCCCAGAACUCGCUUCUAUCUAUGAUGUGAUGUGAUGAUUUAACAUUGGCACGAGAGUAGCGGGUUGGCGUUUCUGGAUUCGAGGGCAGUUUCAGACUCCUCUAGCUCUUUUGGUACUUUAUUCAUAUAUUCUUGACGUAGCGACGAGAUGAUGAGAUUAGAGCCUGAUAUUCUAUGUUUUGUUGUCUUGGAAUAAAAUGAUUUUCACUGCAUAUAUGUCAUGGUGUCAUAAGCCCUUGAAACUAAACAUGCUUUGAAGAUUAAAAAAAAAAUAAAUGAGAGUGAAAAGAGAGGAUUAAAAAAAAAAAUUGUGAGCCCAACCCGAUUCGAACG